UGCAGAAGGCAGGAGCAGUUUCCCAAAUUUUGGAAAGUUUAUAAUUAGCUAUCCAAAAAUGUAUAAGAAAAUCGUAAACUCGUAUGGAGAGUCCUAUUAUGACCAUGCAUGUUCAAUAGAUUAUGAUAAAGAUGUUUUGGAUGUGGACAUUCAAGAAAAUAAUUUUUAUUGGUGGACACGCCUGAGACGUUGGUGGAGUGAUUUGUUUCUACUUUCCUACAGUGAUGAACGAUCUAGAAGUUAUUAUAGAAGCUCUCAUUCUAUGCGAAUGGAAAGGAUGAAACAAUUUCGAUAUCAUAGGGCAAGCAUUCACCCGUUUAGUAAAUUCAGGAAUUUUUGGGAAUGCCUUCUAUUGAGUUCAGAUCUAUUGAGCAAAGCACUAUUUCAUCAUAGUACUUCAAUCUUAUAUGGAGAACUAACAUGGGAAAUUUAUUUUAUUGGAGUAAUCUGUGAAGCAAUUAUCCUAACGGAUUUAUUUGUGAACAUGUUGACUGGCUACAUUGUUAAAGAAGAUAGAAGCAUUAACUUAGACGUUAAGAAGUCAAUAUUGAAUUAUUGCUCAACAAAGUUAUUUCUUCAUUUUGUCUCGUCAUUACCACUCCAGUCUAUAAUGUUUCUUAAAUACGGCAAAAAUAUUAGUUGUAGCCUUUGUAAAUGUAACACGUUCGUAUAUACUUUGAGGCUUGUAGGUAUUGUACGCCUUUAUCGAUUAUAUGAUGCAGCUAAUUAUUGGAAUAGAGAACGUAGUUCUUUUCGUGCUAUGUACUUCUUUAAAUUUCUACGCAUCGCUGUUUUAGGUCUAAGUACCAUGCUUCUAGUUGUUAAAUUGGUUGACACCAUUUCUCUUCUAGCCGUAAUGCAUAAUGGAAAAAUAGAUCCUUCCUCCUAUUUUCUUUCCGUUGUUAAAUUUAGAUAUGAUGAAAGAUAUCCCCUACCUAAUGUACUUUUCUAUACCCUGGAGCUAGCUCGGGUAUUAAAAUCAUUCUUGUUGUUUAGUUUUGGGUUGAAACCUCAGAUCUAUUAUUGGGAUAAAAUGGCUUCACUCAUUUCCUUUAUAUUAGCCAAUGUUUUUUACUUGUGGAACCUAAUCGAGUGUCAUGGUUGUCUCAGUCGUAUCAAAUAUCCCCAAGAGCAAAUGAUUAUGAAUAAAUACAGAAUCGUUAACUUACUGCGUUGGCGUCAGUUAUCUGACGAUUUCUGUCAAAAAGUUCUCAAGUAUCAUAAUUUCAAUAUGACUAAACUGACUAUAACAGAGAAACAAAAUGGUUGCUUUCAUGCAAUUCCUGCAUCAUUAAAAAAAGAAAUCAUCAUAAGUUCUUAUGGAAAGUACAUGUCUAGGAUACCCUAUUUUUAUGAUUUUCCCCAAAACUUGAUUGAAGAAAUAGUAUUAUUAUUGAUUGAAGAGGUGUAUUUAGAAAGUGACGUUGUGGUCGAGGCAUCUCUUUCAAGCGAUGGCCUAAUUAUUGUCGACGUUGGAGUAUUGGCAGUUCGUUCCUCGGUGGACAAUAAUACUCAGUAUCUCAUUGAUGGGGAUUAUUUUGGCGAAAUAUCUUUAGUAACGGACGAGUCUUAUGCGUCGCCGUCCGUCGUUGCAAUGAUUUCAUGCAAGCUUCUUUUCUUAGAUAAGAAUGCAUUUAGAAAUAUGAUGCGAAGGUAUCCUAAAUUGUUUUUUGCAAUGAAAGAACAGAUUGUAAGUAAGUUUUCGCCGUUGAAGCUAUAAUUAAUUAGAUAUUUUGAUUUACUUUAGCAUUAAAAUUGUUAAAAAUAUCGCGAAACAAAGGAU